UACAAAUUAAAUUAAAAAAGAGAGAACAAUUUGAUAAAACUACGCUUGCAUAUCAUUCAAAUAUUUUAUUCAAAUAUACAAGAUUUGCAUGGAUUAGAAGACCUGCAUUUCAUUGGCUUGUUAAUCCGUUAGAGCAAUUAGCUACAAAUUUGUCUCAAUAUCAAGAAUUUUUACAAAAACAGCUAAUAACUGUAACUCAAAAUCAUUUUUCCUUUGAACCAGUUAAAAAAAACAAUAGUUUUCUUACUAUUUUACUGCCCAAUUUGGUUAGAAAAUCUUAUAUUAUUGAUCGUUAUCAAACUUUAGUUGAUUUUCUUGAGCAAA